GUACUAAUGUGUGUGUGUUCAGGCGAGCUGUUCGCUCAGGCUCCGGUGGAUCAGUAUCCAGGGAUCGUGGUGGAGGCCGUCACUGACUCCAGCAGGUACUUCGUCAUCAGGAUUGAAGAUGGAAACGUUUCUUCAGGGCGUCAUGCGUUCAUCGGCAUCGGUUUCGCCGAUCGCGGCGAUUCGUUUGAUUUCAACGUGGCGUUACAGGAUCAUUUUAAGUGGGUGAAACAGGAAAGUGAAUUAGCCCGACAGGAAGCGGCUCAGGUUUCAGCGCCAAAGCUGGACUUGGGCUUCAAAGAGGGUCAGACCAUCAAGAUCAACAUCGGGGUGAGAGAGAACCACACACUUCACACACUCACACACACACACACACACUCACACACAC